AUGUAUUGUUGGAUGAGAAGCGCUGCACUACUCGCGCUGUGGCACGCAACAGCAGCUUGUGCGGAGCCUCUGGUCUCGUCACCGGGUCAAAGGUCGAUCAUCCCAAGAUGGAGCAUGCAAUCUUCUACGCAGGUCACCCAAGACCUAGCUAGUUUGUCGCAGCCAGGCACUGAUGUAUCUUCAUGGUAUCGUGUUGGCCCACGAGGGACCGUAAUGGCAGGGUUGAUCGAAAAUGGCGUGUAUAAUGAGACCGACCUAUUCUACUCAAGCAACAUGGAAGCCUUGUCAGGCCAUGCCGCAUUUCGGGCUCCUUGGCUCUAUCGAGAAGAAUUCACCGUGAAGCCCAUGGCUGGACAACAUUAUACGCUGAGGACACACGGCAUCACCUCAAAAGCUGACAUUUAUGUGAAUGGGGUCCAGAUUGCGACAAGCGAGCAGCAGCAAGGGUCAUACGGAGGACACCGAUACGACGUGACCCGUCACCUCACGGCUGGGACCAACUGUAUCCUCAUAAGGGCGUAUCCGACAAGCUAUCUUCGCAACUUUGCCAUGGGUUUUGUGGAUUGGAAUCCUUAUCCCGCAGACAAUGGAACUGGAGUCUGGCGCAAUGUGGAAGUGCUCCAAACAGGCGCCGUGUCCAUGUCCUCUCUUCGCGUGAUCACGGAUUUCCACAACCCCACGGCCAAAGGCACCGACACAGUGAAUAUCACCCUGAAGACUGAGCUCCACAAUAAAGCCACACACAGCGUCCCCGUGACUGUCAACGGAACUAUCACUGAUCCUAUCGGGGCUGACCAAGUCCUGAUUGGCGGUACGUUCACCCUACGAGCAGGUGAGAGGAAAACUGUGGAGCUUGAGUCCACUGUAAAUGGUCCUCACAUCUGGUGGCCUGCGGGAUGGGGAGAGCAGGACCUGUAUAAGGCGACUGUAGACACAAUGAUCCAAGACACUACGUUGCGUCUUUCCGAUACAUCGACUCGCCAAUUCGGAAUUCGUCAUGUGUCAUCGUAUGUUAAUGGCUAUAACGACACCGCAUUCCAGGUAAAUGGGAAACCAUUCCAAGUUCUAGGAGCGGGCUACACCCCCGACAUAUUCUUGCGGUUUGACCUGGAGCGGGUCGAGACGAUUUUCCAAUACGUGUUAGACAUGGGGCUGAACACGGUCCGCCUCGAAGGAAAGCAAGAGCAUCCGGAGCUCUAUGAUCUUGCAGACCGGAUGGGAUUGAUGGUGCUGGCCGGAUGGGAGUGUUGUGACAAAUGGGAAGGCUGGGCGUAUAAUGAUGAUGCAGAUGGCGUGAAAUGGGGAGAUUCCGACUAUCCCAUUGCAAGGGCGCAGAUGCUUCACGAAGCAGAGAUGAUGCAAUCCAGUCCUUCAGUCCUCGGUUUCCUAGUGGGAUCGGACUACUGGCCAAAUGAUCGCGCCACGAAAGUUUACCUCGAUGCACUAACGGAGAUGGAUUGGACUAACCCGAUAAUUGCUUCAGCCAGCAAGCGCGGAUAUCCAGAAGCUUUAGGUCCCUCUGGCAUGAAGAUGGAUGGUCCGUACGACUGGGUCCCGCCCGACUACUGGUAUGGAGACAAAGAGGGCGCUGCGUUUGGCUUUGGGUCCGAACUUGGGGCGGGCGUGGGGACCCCAGAAAUGGACAGCUUGCGGAACUUCAUGUCGCCCGGUGAUCUGGAAACGUUCUGGUCGGAGCGAGACGCCGGCCUGUAUCACAUGUCCAGCAACUCAUCUUCGUUCUACGAUCGGUCCAUCUACAACAAGGCCCUUUACGCACGGUAUGGAGAGCCGACUGGGUUGGAGGACUAUGUAGCCAAAUGCCAGAUGGCCGACUUCGAAGCAACCAGAGCCCAGUUUGAAGCAUUCUCUAUUCGUCAGAACGCAACUCGACCCGCAACUGGCGCUAUCUACUGGAUGCUGAACAGUGCGUGGCCAAACCUCCAUUGGCAACUCUUCGACUAUUAUCUUCGCCCCAUUGGAGCCUAUUUCGGGACGAAAGUCGGGACUCGCGCGGAACACGUCGCGUACGACCCUGCCACUCAAACUGUAUGGCUGAUCAACCAUUCUAUUUCUAACCACGGUGAAAGAGAAGUUGCAAUCGACCUCAUUGAUGCGAAUGGGAAGAAUAUCUCGAGCACUCGACUUAAGGUCAUCACACACCCAACCACUUCCAAGCAGCUCCAGACCGUACCUGGGAUCCAGAAGAUCAAAGACAUCGCAUUCCUCCGCCUGACCCUACGUGACACCAAGGGUAAGAAAGACCUGAGCCGAAAUGUGUACUGGAUCUCACCUCGUAACGAUGUCCUCGACUGGGACGAUUCCAACUGGUAUACUACCCCCGUCACGCAGUACGCAAACUACACCAGACUCGAGUCUCUGGCCCAGGCCGAUGUCAAGGUCACGAUACCGGAUGAGAAACCAGUGGGCAAUGGUCGGCCGGAUUGGCACCACCUGAAAGUUCAAUUGGAAAACAAGUCAAAGCGACCAGCUGUCUUCCUGCGUGUAGUUGCGAGGAAUGUGACAACUAAAGAAGAGGUUUCCCCAGUUGUAUGGUCAGAUAACUACGUGACGCUAUGGCCAAAGGAGAAGAUGACCUUGAGCGUGUUGCUGAAAGGAGAUAUCAGGGAUACGGGAUUCGAAAUCUCCGGGAGGAAUGUUGAACUUCGAGCGGCGCAAGUCCCGGUAUCCUUAACUCGAUAG